AGUGCAAUUCCAGCAUUUUGCUCUAUCAAUGAAGCUAUAUACUGAGAUAUCAUCAUCUAUGGAGGGAAGGGCAAAGUGAUAUUGCAUAGCCUCUCCUGAUUAAAGCUAAAGAACAUUUGUUGUCAUCAAAGGAUCAAAAGAGGAAAAUAUAAAGAUAUCACUACCCACUACUACACUGCCUUGCCUCCAUUACAAUCAGCAGCUAGCAUCAAAACUUUUCCUUUUGCUUCUUUCCUUUUCCAUUUUCUUUUCUUUUCUGCCCUUAAUCUCAACUUUAAAUUUCAGUUAUCCAACGGCUUUAUUAACUCUCCUUUUCCAAUUUUUACCACCAUUUGUGCAGCAGUAAAACUAUCAGCAGCUUUUCAUUCCCUUCUUCAUAUACAGCAAGCAAUUUUGCUUCUUCCCAUUUCUUCCUUUCAUUUCUUCCUUCCUCCUCUUUUACCUCUGUUCUAAACCUUUUCUUCUUCUUCUUCUUCAUCUCAUCUUCUCCCAGUGGGGCAAAAGGGAAACCAAAGGGAAGAAAAGGGGAGGGUAAAGAAAAGAUUAGCAGCAGCAGCAAAGGAGAGGAAAGGAGAGGCUUAGCUUCUUCUUCUACCUUGUAUUUCAAGACACUCACUCUCUUUUGCUUUUUUUCCUGUGUGUAAAGAAGCAACAAUGUUUGAUUCCAAAAACCCAUUUCCUCCCUUCUUCAGAUUCCAUCUUCACCACUUUUCCUCCUCCUUCACUGUCCACCCCAUCUGCAUAAAUCCUCCCAAGUGACAACAAACAAACAAGAGGGAAAUUUUCCUGGGAAACAAACAAAGUUUCUUGUAGCAUCUUCUUCUCUUCUUUUCUCAUGGUCAAGGUCAUGGUCCCUCCCAUUGUUCUUCUCAGCACCUUAUUCUCUAUUCUCACCGCCUCCACUUGCUUUGCUUCCCUUCUCAAUGACUUCCACACCUUGCUCGCUCUUAAACAAGGAUUCCAGUUCCCCGAACCGGCCUUGAGCACGUGGAACGACUCCAGUCCAGGCUCGGUCUGCUCGUCCUGGGCUGGAGUUCACUGCUCAAGAGGCAGAGUGGUUGAAUUGGACUUGACAGAUUUGAAUCUCUAUGGCUCCAUCUCACCGCCUCAGCUGCUCACGAGGCUCGACCAGCUCACGAACCUGUCUCUCGCGGGGAACAAUUUCACGGGCACCAUUGACAUCUCCAGACUGAGCAAUCUCAGGUUUCUCAACAUCUCGAACAACCAAUUCAGCGGCGACCUGGAUUGGAACUACUCGACUCUGCCUAGCUUGGAGCUCCUCGAUGCCUACAACAACAACUUCACAGCUUUUCUCCCACUUGGGGUUCUGACCAUUGGGAGGAAGAAUCUCAGGUACUUGGAUCUUGGUGGGAACUAUUUCUACGGGAGAAUCCCAGCUAGCUAUGGGGAGGAGCUUCAUGGGUUGGAGUAUCUUUCCCUUGCAGGAAACGACCUUCAUGGAAGAAUCCCCAGUCAGUUGGGGAAUCUCACCAACUUGAGACAGCUUUACUUGGGGUAUUACAAUGGCUUUGAAGGUGGGAUACCAGAACAGCUUGGAGACCUUGUCAAUCUCGUCGAGAUGGACAUUUCCAACUGCGAAUUGGAUGGCCAGAUUCCACGCCAGCUAGGGAACUUGAAGCAGCUCAAUACCCUCUACUUGCAUGCAAAUCAGCUCUCAGGUUUCAUCCCAAAUGAGCUUGGCAACUUGACCAACCUGGUCAAUCUCGACCUCUCCAACAAUGCACUUACUGGCGAAAUCCCGGUUGAGUUCAUCAAUCUCAAGCAGCUCAAGCUCUUCAACCUGUUCAUGAACAAGCUGCAUGGUUCCAUCCCUGAUUACGUUGCGGAGCUGCCAAACCUGGACACACUAGGCCUCUGGAUGAACAACUUCACUGGUGUCAUUCCUCGGGACUUAGGCCGGAAUGAGAAGCUUCAGGUUCUUGAUUUGUCUUCGAACAAGCUCACCGGAACGAUCCCUCCUGAUCUAUGCUCAUCCAACCAGCUGAGGAUUCUGAUUCUGUUCAAGAACUUCCUUUUCGGGCCUAUCCCCGACGGGCUAGGUAGCUGUUACAGCUUGAGCAGAGUGAGGCUGGGGCAGAACUACUUGAAUGGCAGCAUUCCAAGUGGGUUCAUCUACUUGCCUUUGCUCAACCUAGCUGAGUUUCAGAACAACUACCUCUCAGGAACACUGUCUGAGAAUGGCAACAGCUCAUCGAAACCCGAAAAAUUGGGGCAAUUGGAUCUCUCAAACAAUCAGCUCUCAGGUCCACUGCCAUCCUCACUGUCAAACUUCUCUUCUCUCCAAAUCCUUCUUCUCAGUGGCAACAACUUCUCUGGUUCAAUCCCAUCCACCAUUGGUGAGCUCCAUCAAGUUCUAAAGCUUGAUUUCGGCUCGAAUUCGCUCUCCGGUCCAAUCCCACCUGAAAUCGGCAACUGCAGCCAUCUUGCCUACCUGGACAUAAGCCAGAACAAUCUCACCGGACCAAUUCCACCAGAGAUUUCCAACAUCCACAUUCUCAACUACCUAAACCUAUCCAGAAACCACCUCAACCAAACCAUCCCCAAAUCCAUCGGUUCAAUGAAAAGCCUCACCAUCGCCGACUUCUCCUUCAACAACCUCUCCGGGAAGCUCCCCGAUUCCGGCCAAUUCUCCGUCUUCAACGCCUCCUCCUUCGCCGGGAACCCUCAACUCUGCAGCUCCAUCCUCAACAACCCCUGCAAUUCCACAACAAACCCAAACGGCAAACCGGCGAAAUCCCCUGACAAUUUCAAGCUCGUCUUCGCCCUAGGCCUCCUCAUCUGCUCCCUGAUCUUCGCCACCGCCGCGAUCGUGAAAGCGCGGUCGUUCAAGCGGUACGGAGAGUCGGAUUGGAAAAUGACGUCGUUUCAGAAGGUGGAGUUCAGCGUGGCGGAGAUUCUCGAGUGCGUGAAAGACGGCAACGUGAUCGGCAGAGGCGGCGCCGGGAUCGUCUACCACGGGAGAAUGGGGAACGGGUGCGAGGUAGCGGUGAAAAAGCUCCUCGGGUUCGGGUUCGGGCCGGGCGGAAACGGGCACGACCACGGGUUCCGGGCCGAGAUCCAAACCCUAGGCAACAUCCGGCACCGGAACAUCGUCAAAUUGGUGGCGUUCUGCUCCAACAGGGAGACCAAUCUGCUUGUGUAUGAGUACAUGAAGAACGGCAGUCUAGGGGAAGCCCUCCACGGCAAGAAAGGCGCCUCCGGCGCCGUCGCCGGCGCUGGACUCCUGAGCUGGAAUCAACGGUACAAGAUUGCGAUUGAAGCGGCGAAGGGGCUCUGCUACCUCCACCACGAUUGCUCGCCGUUGAUCGUCCACCGCGACGUCAAAUCCAACAACAUUCUGCUGGAUUCCGGGUUCGAAGCCCACGUGGCGGAUUUUGGGCUGGCCAAGUACCUCGUCGACGAAUGUAUGUCCGCCAUUGCUGGCUCCUACGGCUACAUUGCUCCUGAGUAUGCAUACACAUUACGAGUGGACGAGAAGAGCGAUGUGUACAGUUUUGGGGUCGUGUUGCUCGAGCUUCUGACGGGAAGGAGACCGGUGGGGGAUUUCGGGGACGGGGUCGACAUAGUGCAGUGGAGCAGGAAGGUGACGUGUCAUCGGAGGGAGGAGGUGAUGAGCAUCGUGGACCGACGGCUAGCAGUGGUGCCUCGAGACGAGGCGAUGCACCUGUUCUUCAUCGCUAUGUUGUGCAGUCAGGAGAACAACAUCGAGCGGCCAACGAUGAGAGAAGUCGUGCAGAUGUUGUCGGAGUUCCCCGCCCACUACUCUAACAGUUCCGCUCCGUCCCCUUCUUCCUCCAUUGCCACCACUCCCACUCAACAGGGGAAGGGUGGAGAAGAGAAAGAAGGGAAAACCCACGAGAUCUAAGCAAGAUCGUGCUUUGGUUUGAAUGAUAAUAUCGAUUCUUUGAAUUUCUUAAAAGUGAUUAUUACUAAUUAGUUGUGUUUUUCCUAGAGUGGGGUUUGUGUUCCUUCCUUCAUAUAGUUUCUUUCUCUUCUUCCUUUCUUUCCUCUUCACUUUUACCCCUUUUAUCCCCCCCACUCGUUGUCCAUGUGAAGGGCCUUGCCUUGUUUUUGUAAGUUUUGCCUUUUGGAGAGGUAGUGAUUAGAGUAGAGUGCUAGAGAGAGGAGGGCAUUUGGUGAUCAAGAAUCAAGAUAGAGAGAGAGAUGUAAUUAAGGGUUUAAUAAUGUUUAGAGGGUUGCCCUUCUUUUUGAAGAAGUUGGAGUGGGGCUCUGGAGGUAGGGUUGCAAAUCUUGUAAUCGAGAUUGUGCACGAUCUCAAAUUAUUAUUUGUAAUAUACUAUAUAUCUAUACCAUGUAUGCUCUAUAUGAUUGUUGGGCAUGUUUAUUUGAACCCAAUAUACUUUAUA